AUGGACCUUCGAGAAAGUACGGUGACAGAAAUGAUCCAAAGGGAUGAAAGAUCAAAAUGGUUAUCAUAUAGCAACCAUAACAUAAAAUGCUUCACAGAGGCCGAGAUAGGAAGAAUUACCAGCAACUAUGAAACUAUCAUUGGAAAAGGUGGCUUCGGAGAAGUUUACAAAGGUGUUCUCCAAGAUGGAAGAAUAGUUGCAGUCAAGAAAUUUGUGUGUAAUGUAGAAGAAAAUUUUGCCAAAGAGCUUAAAGUCCACUGUGAAAUCAACCACAAGAAUGUAGUUAGGCUCAUUGGCUACUGUGCCGAGGAAAAUGCCCUAAUGAUAGUCAGUGAGUAUAUAUCUAAAGGGAAUCUUAGCGAUGUUCUUCACCAUGAAUGCAUUCCCAUCACAAUGGAUACACGACUGCGAAUUGCGGUGGAGUGUUCAGAGGCAUUGUGUUAUAUGCAUUCACAAAUGUAUACUCAGGUCAUUCAUGGUGAUAUCAAGCCUGCCAAUAUACUAUUAGAUGACAACUUCAAUGCAAAAAUAUCUGACUUUGGAAUAUCAAGACUUGUCAACACAGACUCAGCCCUUUUCACUGAGCAUGUAAUGGGGAGCAUAGGUUACAUGGACCCUUUGUUUGCUCGCACCGGGCGUCUCACCACAAAGAGUGAUGUUUACAGUUUCGGAAUUGUUCUGGUUGAAUUGAUCACAAAGAAAAAGGCAACAGUAAGAAAAGGGGAGACCGGCAUAGUUGAUUGUUUCAUCCAAGCUCUUGCAACAGGGAAGAGAAGGGUGAGAGAGCUGUUCGAUGUUGAAAUCUCAAGCCAGAACAACAUGAAGGUUCUCGAAGGGGUUGCAAAGUUAGCAGGACAAUGUUUGAAGAUGGAAAUGGAUGGACGCCCUGAAAUGAGAGAUGUGGCAGAACGUCUUCGGGCGCUUCGGAAAACUCAAGUUCAAGGGAAACAAACUAUUUUUCCUUGGGGUUGGAGGAACAAGCCAGCAGCUCAGAACAGCUGGCAAUCUUCUAGCUCAGUCAUGCCACAAUCUUUGCCAUCCUACUUGUGCCGCCAUUUCUCACUUACAGAAAUGAAAUCAGCCACAAAAAACUUUGAUGAGUCACACCUUAUUGGUGUGGGUGGAUCUUGUAAUGUUUACUAUGGAAUGAUUGAUGGGGGAGCAACCAAGGUGGCUAUCAAACGCGGUAGAGUUCAGCAGUGUGUGAGUAGAUUGAAAGAAAAGAUAGUGGCGGUGGCAAAGCUCCGCCACCAUCAUCUCGUAUCACUGGUCGGUUACUGCAACGAGGAAAACGAGAUGAUACUGAUCUACGAAUACAUGGCUCGUGGCACCCUGCGUGAGAACCUUUACGCUAACAAAACAGAGGAGCCACCGCUUACUUGGAGGCAGCGUCUAGACGUCUGCAUUGGUGUUGCUCGUGCCCUGCAUUACCUUCACGAGUGUUCCAUCAUCCAUAAUGAUUUGUCGACGACAAACAUUCUCCUAGAUGAGAGAUUGGUUGGCAAGGUUCCAAUUAAAGUCUAUCUGCCACAGGAUAGCACGGGCUUUACCACGCAGCCUGUGGGAAGUAUCGGUUAUAUCGAUCCUGAAUUUUACCGCACUGGGCAACUAACAGAGAAAUCCAAUGUAUAUUCUUUUGGUAUUGUGCUGUUUGAGGUUUUGUGUGCUCGGGCUGCUUAUGAUGGUAGUCUUCCAUGGAGACAAGCUGAUCUGGUAUAUUGCGCCCUUAGUUGCCAGAAGAAGGGCAUCCUUGAUCUGAUUGUCGAUCCCCUUCUUGAAGGAAAGAUUGCUCCGCGGUCCUUGAAGAAGUUUGUGGAGAUUGCUGAGAAAUGUGUAAGUGAUCGUGGUAUCGAUCGCCCUACAAUGCAAGAAGUGUCUGAGAACCUGGAGUUGUGUCUGGCAGAACAAAGCGGAAGCCUUGGCGAUGAGAUGCUGGCUGAAGAUGACACUAAUGGUCCUUCAAGGACAGAACGUUGGCUGCACCUGGAGAUGUACCUUGCAAAACACGAUGCUUUGGAAUGGUCUAGGGAUGCUGGUGGUGUGGAUUCCGAUUCCGAAUUGGCAAUGCCACGAUGA